GGCAGGCUAGAAGCCUCAGCUCUAGCAGGUAGCCAAAGCUACGGGACAGGUGUGCGGAGAGAGAUUGCUGGGGAACUUGCAGCCUCCCGGCAUGCUUGGACUUUAUCCUUGUGUGUGAACAUUAUUCAGGGGCCACUGGGUCCAAGAAAGAGAACAGUAGUCUGGGUCCUGAGAACCUGACUGGGGCUCCCUCAGGAAGGCUGCACGAGUACCGAUUGCUGACCCAUGGGGUCUAGAUUACUGCCAGCCUGGCUGGUUCCUGGAGACAUGAUUAGAAGUUCCUCAGAGAGGCUGUACCAUCAUCUUGGAUGAAGAUGAGACGCUACAAGCUCUUUCUCAUGUUCUGUAUGGCCGGCCUGUGCCUCAUCUCCUUCCUGCACUUCUUUAAGACCUUAUCCUAUGUCACCUUCCCCAGAGAGCUGGCCUCCCUCAGCCCUAACCUCGUAUCCAGCUUCUUCUGGAACAAUGCCCCCGUCACUCCACAGGCCAGUCCAGAGCCGGGUGGCCCCGACCUGUUGCGGACCCCACUGUACUCGCACUCCCCCUUGCUCCAGCCACUGUCCCCCAGCAAGGCCACGGAGGAGCUGCACCGGGUGGAGUUCGUGUUGCCGGAGGACACCACCGAGUAUUUUGUGCGCACCAAAGCCGGAGGGGUCUGCUUCAAACCAGGUACCAGGAUGCUGGAGAAACCUUCUUCAGGCCGGACAGAGGAGAAGCCGGAGGUGGCUGAGGGCUCCUCGGCCCGGGGUCCUGCUCGGAGGCCAAUGCGACACGUGUUGAGUGUGAGGGAACGCCCGGGCAGCCGAGGCACCAGGCGCAAGUGGGUUGAGUGUGUGUGCCUGCCAGGCUGGCACGGCCCCAGCUGCGGGGUGCCUACUGUGGUGCAGUAUUCCAACCUGCCCACCAAGGAGCGCCUGGUACCCAGGGAGGUGCCCAGGCGGGUUAUCAACGCCAUCAACAUCAACCACGAGUUCGACCUGCUGGACGUGCGCUUCCAUGAGCUGGGCGACGUGGUGGACGCCUUCGUGGUGUGCGAAUCCAACUUCACCGCCUACGGGGAGCCCCGGCCACUGAAGUUCCGCGAGAUGCUGACCAAUGGCACCUUCGAGUACAUCCGCCACAAGGUGCUGUACGUCUUCCUGGACCACUUCCCCCCCGGGGGCCGUCAGGACGGCUGGAUCGCAGACGACUACCUGCGCACCUUUCUCACCCAGGAUGGGGUCUCCCGCUUGCGCAACCUGCGGCCGGAUGACGUCUUCAUCAUCGACGACGCAGACGAGAUCCCUGCGCGGGACGGCGUGCUGUUCCUCAAGCUCUACGACGGCUGGACGGAGCCCUUCGCCUUCCACAUGCGCAAGUCCCUCUAUGGCUUCUUCUGGAAGCAGCCGGGCACGCUGGAGGUGGUGUCGGGCUGCACGGUUGACAUGCUGCAGGCCGUCUACGGCCUGGACGGCAUCCGCCUGCGCCGCCGCCAGUACUACACCAUGCCCAACUUCCGGCAGUACGAGAACCGCACGGGCCACAUCCUGGUGCAGUGGUCUCUGGGCAGCCCGCUGCACUUCGCGGGCUGGCACUGCUCCUGGUGCUUCACCCCCGAGGGCAUCUACUUCAAGCUCGUGUCGGCGCAGAACGGCGACUUCCCGCGCUGGGGUGACUAUGAGGACAAGAGGGACCUCAAUUACAUCCGGGGCUUGAUUCGCACUGGGGGAUGGUUCGACGGCACGCAGCAGGAGUACCCUCCUGCAGACCCCAGCGAGCACAUGUAUGCUCCCAAAUACCUGCUCAAGAACUAUGACCAGUUUCGCUACCUUCUGGACAACCCCUACCGGGAGCCCAAGAGCACUGUGGAGGGUGGGCGCCGGAACCUGGGCUCCGACGGGAGGUUACUUGCUGCCAGGGGCAAGCUGGAUGCCGUGGAGGGCUAGCGCUGCGCAAUUUCACAGGGCCGGGCAGGCUGGGAUGAUGAUUGCUCUGGUGUUCUCUUUGGCUUCGUAGUGUCCCCGGGGGCUCUUGACAGAGCCAGGAGUCCUUGGAAAUGGCCCCCUCUGCUCAAGGCCCGUGGAAUUAAGGGUUAGGCCUUUCAGCCCGGAACAGAAAGGAAAAAUUAAUCUUUUCCGUUAGAGGAGAGAGCAAGCCCAGGAAUCUAUGCAGCAUUUUGUCCCCAAGAGUGCUGUAGGCAAGAGGUGUGCCUGGAGAGCAUAGGGGGGUCUUCUGGGGCUGGGUGAACCUUCAGUCUAGUUGAGAGAAACCCACCUUUGACAUUCUGGACUGUUGGCCUGUAAUGGAAAAGGAGGUAUGCUAUGCCAGGAGUUCCCAGGGUACUGUAUAUAAACGCAUUUGGGUCCAGAAGCGAGAAGAGCCUAGAAAGAAGGGACUAGAAAGUGUCUGCUCUUGACCUUGGCCAAGAAGUUAGGGAAGUGUUUGAAAAUGGCAUCCUGAAGAGUGAGAGAGAGAGAGCAAGCACUUUGCAGCUUCCUCAGAAGUGCUGGACCCAAGAAAUGAGGUCACUGCUGGCGGGGAGGAUGGAGCUAGUGGCUGUCAGUGACCCUGCCUCUGUAAGCAGGCUGUGGAAUCUUCCUCUGAUUCCAAAUCUAGCCUUGAUGGUUUUUCUCACUUUUCCUGUUGCCGUCUUGUGGGAUGCCAGCUCAGCCUACUUGCAAAGGACUCCAGGAGUCCAGUUCUCAGGGUGGGACAGGAGCUGGACAGUCAGUAUAGUAGGUUGGAUGGGAGAAGGAGACUGACACAGACCUCCGUAGCCCUCUCUCCUUCCUCAUCACUCUCUGCUGGCAUCUAGUUUCCUUUUUUCAUCAUCCCAGCUGUAAGCCUUCCUGUGCCCCACCUCCCAAGAGCAGGCUGGAGACCAGGAAGGGGCCACAGGGUUUUCUGGGGCCCAAGAAAGGACCUGAAAGUCAGUGAUACGUCAACCCAUCCCUCUUAAUUUGCCUUGUGAGGGUGAGCAGGAUGUAUUUAAGAUUCGAAGCUGCUGUAGAAGCCACUUGGCAAGCAGCAGUGAAGUAAGACCAGCUUGUUUCUAAGUAAGUAGCCUAGGGGAGGGUGGUCCAGAGCUUGUAUGGAGGUUAGCUUAGCUUCACACACAACUUCUGGGUCUGGAUAGAGUGGCUGUGUGCCUGCCCACAUGGUAAAAUGAGGAAGCAUGGACUCCUUCCUGUGGAGGUUAGGAGUCAGCUAUGUCUGUUGCUUCUAAUGGCAUCUUACUGGUCAGGACUUAGCUGCACGGCUACAGGUAGUUGCAAGGAAAAGUGGGGAAUGCAGCUUUGAGCCGGGCUGCCGUGCGCCUGCCUCAGCUUGAGAGUUCUGAAUUACCAGCAGCACCUUUGCAGGAGGGGUGCAAGUGAUCGCGCAUCACGGGACCCUACUCUCUCCCUGCCUGCCCUGGGAUUUGAGUGGGGACUUAACUUGUAGGUGUAUGGGAAGAGUGGGCGCCUCUCCCUGAGGCCCCCGAUGUUCCCUUGACGCCAGUAUGCAGGGCUGCCUGUGGAACGGUCCGUGUUUGUGCGUGCGUGUAUAUUUAUGGGCAUGGGUGCAUGCUUAGUGUGUAUUGUACAUGUCUGUAUCUGUGUGUCCCUGUACAAAGCUGGUGCAUAUGUGUAGGAGCCCAGGCUUGGCUUUCCUCUUCCUUAGGACCUGGAGCCCAUAGUCUCAUCUCCUGUGGCUCCUCAAGAUGCCCGAGGCAGGAAGCCCUUGGGGGAACCUUGAAAGCAGGAGGGAGAAGGGAGUACAGGGUCUGUCUGUCUGUCUGUUUUUUUUUCAGUGGGAGGAAUGGAAUCUUCCUAGCUGGAGGGCUGUUCAGCCGAGAGCCCACCACUCCCUCAGCCCCUCUUGAUCCACCUCUUCCUCUCAACAACACCCCAGUAUCUCCUGGAUGGAUCUCAUUUUGGAGGUGUCCUGAGGAGUUUCCUUUGAUGCGGCUCUCUCUUGAGCCAUUUGCCAGACAGUGGGCGUGGUCUGAGGGCAGCUCUGGCGACCGGGCACAAAGCAGGCUGAGGGCCCCUGUGGCUCCUCUCCUCCCGUUGAGGAACAUCCCUCAUGGAAUCUCCUCUUCAAAGAGCCUUCCUCUCUGGUUCCUCUUGGGGCUGAGGGGUGACUCCAGAAGUCUCUGGGGUACUUCUGGGUCCAUCUGAGACAGGGCACUCUCCUGAGAUACCUGUGGGUACUCCUGUGUGAUGCCUCCCCCUUAAAUGAAAUCCUCACCCCAUUCUCCUGGUUCCCUCACCUGCUUCAUAGAUGGCCCCAUUUCAGGAAUUUCAGGGCUCCUGCCCACAGUGACCAGUUCAGGGUGGGAGAAGGACACUGGGAAAGCACAUAGCCUCUGGGCUAGCCUUCCCUCUCAGACUAGUAGGGGGGAAGCUAAUAGAACAGUUUCAGCUAGGCAGGAAGAGGCCUGACUGUGGGCUGAGAGACCACCUGGGUGGGGUGGGAGCUAAAGAGUUUCACAUAUAACCACGGCAUACACUGGGAAUUUAAGGGACGGGGGACCCAGGACCAUUCCCCCAAUAUGAAGGGAAACCGAACUGAAUGUGAGUGUGGGCACAUUCUCCAGGAACCACUGGCCUGUGACCUCUAGACCGGAGGGGCCCUGUCUGGGCCUCCAGCUGGCCUCGUUCACCCAGGGGUCACAGCAGUUGUAGAGGGCAGGCAUGAUGAAGCUUUGGGGGCAAAGGUGAGAUUCAGGGUGGGAAAACAGGACACACCCCAGCAGAAGGUAGGGCCCUGGAAAAUGUGGAAUUUAAGGACACCAAUAAUAAUAAUAAUAACAAUAGUAUUAUUUUUUUUGUAAAGGAAAAAAAUCAAUAUGUACAUUCUGAAAUCAUUUUCUCUGUAAAUGGUUGAAUUUCAUUUCACCCUUAAAGGGAUGCUUAAAGGAGAAGAUAAUAUUAAUAAUAAAAAAGCAGCUGCAAAAUCUA